GGCAGAGCCUCAGUCUGCUGCUGGAGACCGUCUAGAUGACUCCCUCUCCACUCUCACCUCUCUUUAUAUAUACAUUGAGAGCUUAUUUUAGCCCCUUUUAGUGGGAUUAUUCUUGAUCGAGUGUCUAACUUGACCCAGAAAAAGACGAUAAAGACAACUGGUCAAAUAAAUUCCUGAAAUAUAAGGAAGUGUGCUGGAGCAGACUGUGUUGGUCGAGUCUCAACACCACUCAAGGUGAGGCAUGGAGGGUGGAGCCAUGACUGAGGCAUGGGAGGUGACGAGGCAACUCAAUGGUGGAACACAGAAAAAACAUGACACCCAAACCACCACAGAUGACCAACCAGCUUCCUGCUGCUGUGGUCAGCGUUGCUCGACCUGCUUCUCAAUAUUUAUGAAGUACACUGUGGGUCGUUCACUGCAGCUGUUGUUCUACAUGUUGGACAUUGCUACAGAUGUAGGCGUGGCUCUCACUGACUACCAUAACGGUGACACCAUCUUCGCCUACAUCACCCUGGGUCUGGUGUUCUUGCCAGGUCUGCUCUUCUCCCUGUAUGCCAUCACUGAGGUGUUCAGCAGUCACACAGGUCUCCUGGUGUGCCUCAAGGCUCCACUCUGGCUCCUCAGCUUCCCUCUCCUGCCUCUCUGGCCCAUCCUCAGGGAUUUGCACCAGAUAUACCAUGGUGUUAUGGCACUGUUCCCAAGCUCCCGCACCCACCACCUCGAGUGUCUCAACCGCCCCAGCCGUGCCUACUUCGUCAAGUUCCUAGAGGCCUUCACUGAGGCUGCUCCACAGUUCCUCCUCCGCCUCUAUAAGAUUACUCUCAGGCGACAAGAGAUGCCCUUUUCACACUUAGAAACAAUAGAGGUGCUUCAGCUGUCCUUCUCACUAUUCUCACUAGCCACAACAGUCAUCUCAACUUACCAAAAGAAUGUCACUACCAAUCAGAUCAUCAAUGGUGACUUAGAGGAUAACCAGCGCUUCAAACUGCCCUGCUGUAUUCAGAUAGUGGCAACUUUAUGGUGGGCAUCAUUCCUAGUGGCAAGGUUUGAAGUAAUGGCACUCUUUAGUGGUGCUCUCAAGUGGUGGAUAUUUGUUGUUAUUGGCAUCCAUGUUGUGCUGGUGUUCCUCUUCCAAACAGUUGCUGCUGGCAAGAACAGAUUGAAAAGGAUAUUUAUCUAUCUCUUCAGUGCUUUUGUCUUCAUCUUUGCCUACAUAGAAUUCAAUAUGAAAACCAGAAUUAAGGUGGCGCCGUGGUUUCCCUACACUAUCUACUCUACCUUAGUGUUUGUUGAAAACUCUAUUAUGUUAGUGGUGUGGUUUCUCACACAGCAGAAUGCCACAUCACACUUCACUCAAGCUGAUAAAGAGAUCUUCACCACUCAUCGAGAAUAUCUCCUAUUUAUCCAUUAUGGUUCAUUCUGCUUUGGGCUAGUAAUGAUGAUCUUAACAUUCUGUUGUGUCUCUAAAGAGUCUAGAGACACUGAAACCAAAGGUGAAGAGGAAGAGAUGAGGACUGUAUUGAAAUCUUAAAACAGAAAAAAGGAGAUAAAGAAUUUUAGAUAGAUCUUAUACAAAUAUGAAACAUAAGCUUAUCAGAGGCACCUAAGGUCCUGGGUAACUGCUAAACAGUAUUUUAUGACAUACACUGCCCUUAUGCAGAAAAAAAUUUGCUUUUAAGUUAUUACUAUAUACUGUAUGUAUAAUGCAUUAAGGUUGUGUAAUGUUCUAUGGUUGUUCAAUGUGUAUGUUUAUUACAAUGCUGUAUAUUGAUGGGUUAUGAGUUAGAGAGCUUUAUAGUUUUAAUACACACCCCAUGAGAAAAGUUGACAUAAAGGUUAUUAGAAUGUAAGCAAGGGUAUUAGAAUGUAAACAAGGGUAUUAGAAUGUAAGCAGGGGUAUUAGAAUGUAAACAAGGGUAUUAGAAUGUAAACAAAGGUAUUAGAAUGUAAACAAUAGGAAUAGGGUACUGGUAUGGUACAUAAAACUUGACAUGCAAAUUUAGCAUAGUUAAUCUGGCAGACAAUAGUAUACUUAUGGUAUAGAGUACUAUACAUAGUUUAGUUAAAUUUAUUUAUGUGAGAGAAAAUGACUGAAAAUAAAUGUGCUGUAGCUAUAAGUAAAUUAAUGAUAGUUGAGAGAGAAGGAAAUAGUAUAGUCUGGGUGAACCAGGAAAUGCUGGAAUUUGGUGAUGAAUUUAAAUACGUACCUAGGGUGUGUAAAAAUUAGGAUGAGGAAUUUGUAGAGCCAGUUUGACAGUAGAGUCAGUCUGGAAAGGAAGCCUAAUAGUGCAAUUAAAAUCCGGCUACACAAACAAAACAGACCUUAUUUCUAUAAAGUGGAGUACAGUUUAUUAUACAGUUAAGGUGACGGACAUAGUAUAUAACUAUUUUAAAACCCUUGUGGUUUAGUGCUUCUUUUUUAUUAUAAUAAUAAUUGUAAUAAUAAUAAUUGAUUGUAAUAAUAAUAAUUUUAUAGAAAGUCCUUUAUUAUGCAAAGCAUUUCGUUCAGCCUUAAAGCUGAAUUAUGAUCACAAGUGGGAUAUGGCUGGUUUGUUGAAAAAAAUAGUAAUUCACUAAAAAAUCAUAAUUAGUGAUACUAUAUUAUGGAUGAAGCUAGGUACAUUAGUUGAAGGAAUGAUAGACAAAUACAAGAACAAUACAGAUUGAAAAAUACAGAUUGAAAAAUAACUUCAGCUAUAUGGCUGCAUGCAAGUUAUUAUUCCAUCAUAGAAGUAUGAGUGUAAAAUGCUAGCUUACAGUGAAUGUAAAAAUUCAAAAGUUAUGAGUAAUAACAGUUAAAGAAAUGAACACUGAGUAGCAGAUCAAAUGUUAGGAUUGAUAGAAUAAGAUAAAAUGCAAAGUGUGGUAAUGAGUGACUUGUUAGAGUAAGAGAACACACUAAGAUGGUAGGUUCACCUUAAUGAAUGGAAAAUGAUAGUAGUGUGUGAUAAAUGGUUUUGAAAACUGACAAGUUGAAGAAUGAGACACUUAUGCAACAUAAGUUGCACAAGUUUCUCGCUCUUCAAUAUCUGAUUAAAUUUUAGGGUUAAGAAAAAGGAUAGAAAGCAAAGAUGAUAGACCGUUAGGGUGUGGAAAAAAAAAAAAAAGAAAAAAAAAAAAAAAAAAAAAAAAAACAGAUUACUGUACUAUGACUUUUACACUGAACAAGAAAAGGCAAUGAAGUCAAGUCCAAGGAAUUGGAGCUACCCCUUCCCUUCCUUGGAUCAAAACUGAUUACCUUCCAGUUUCAAAGUGCUUUAUGAUCCUUACAGGUUUAGCCCUUCCGAACGAUUACUGUGCUUCCUCAUAAUUAUUGCACAGCAAUAAUAAUGCUGAGUUGAAAUAUCGUACUGAAGAGGAAAUAUUGAUCAAAAGAAACUUUAAACUUACAGUACUAUGAAUUCAGAUUAAGUUGUAAUAAACAACUAUCAAUGAAUAAACAGAUGGAUGGACAGGGGGUGCAAACCAAGGUCCAUAAACUAACAGUCCAACACUCUACCAUUAACCCGUAAACGGUCCAAGCAGAUCUACAUUCGCCAUACUUUCAAAUGUUGAAAAAACGUAUAUAUACGUUUGGACCGUUUACGGGUUAAUAUAUGAAGUGGCCGAGAUUGAGUAUAGAUGCUGUACAUGUGUGACGUAGCACCAGUUAUUGAUGCUUCCAUGUGUACUACAGUAACUACACAUUAGUGGUGAAAAGUGAUAUGACAAAUGUCAGUUUGAAUACAUUAUCUUAAAUAUUAAUAAUUUCUAUGUUUUAAUAUUAUACUGGAUAUUAUCUAUGGAAUUGCCUCUUACCUUCACUAAAGUGAGUAAUGAAGCACUGAUGAUAAAUAAAGUAGGUAAUGUACUGUAAGUAUAAGAGGAAAACUGCUCUUAGCACAUGGCAUAUCAUUAUAAGCAUAUUGAGACACAAUGAAGAAAGUCUAAUCUGUUAAAAUUAUAAAGCAAAUAGUUUUUAAUAAAAAAUGAAAGAACAAUUAAACUUAGUGGAAAUAAUGUGAAUGAAAAAAUUAUAAAGCAAAUUAGUUUUAAAUAAAAAUAAAAAAAAUUAAGCUUUGUGAAAAUAAUGUGAAUGAAAUGUAUUGUUUUUACUGUACCUGAUGGAGAAAGUUGUAACAGUAUUAUGAAAAACAUACAGCAAUACUAUACAGAAUAUUGUAUAUCAACUGCACAUGAUGCAAUGAUCCAGAAAUAAAAAAAUUGAAGUUGUAUUCAGAUAGUACCAGAGAAGGUUGCAGUGCUAACCUUUCCAAGCUUAAGCAAAAUGGCUUGUAUAUAUUACACUUUCGUUUUUUUUUAUCUCGAAUGCCAUUUUUCUAAAACACUUAAAUUUCAGGUCCUGACAAUCUUGUAUUUUUAGUCUACAUGUAUUGUACUCCCAUAUAUUUUUGUGUUUAUUCCAAUAGAGACUACUUCAGUUUUGUGAUUUCCAAACCAGAUAUUUUUAUAGAUGUUUAAAAGUUCUACUUUAAAUAUUUCUAAUGUAGUUCAAGAUAUUUAAUUUUUCUGUGAAAAAAUUUGAAAGAAAGCCAUUCCCCCAUUCCAUGAAAUGAUAGUAACUCAAAACUUACACUGAAAGAAAACCUUUGAAGUUUCCAUAGCUACUUAACCCAGAGUAAAAUGCUUGAUGAUAUCCUCAUUGCCUUACCGAAGUUACCCAUUUCCCAUUACCUCAUGUACAAAACUCAGCCUAUGUGAUGGAAUCCUUUAGGAAAACAUAUCUAGCUUUCUUUCCCUCUACGUAACCAUUAUAAAAAGAGUAGGAUAGCAGCAUACUUCUGAUAUAGUCAAUUUUGUUUAAUAAAAAUAGAAUGAAAAGCCCCAUAGAAAUCAAAAGCAUUUAAAAUAUAUAGAUGUAGCAACAGGAAGCUAGAACACUGAACAAUUACAGUAUAUCCCUCCUUUUAUAGGAACCUCUUAUGUUUCUCAAUUCACUCUUGUGCCUAUAUUACAGUAAAAAAUACAGUGGACCCCCAGUUAACGAUAUUUUUUUCAUUCCAGAAGUAUGUUCAGGUGCCAGUACUAACCGGAUUUGUUCCCAUAAGGAAUAUUGUGAAGUAGAUUAGUCCAUUUCAGACCCCCAAACAUACACGUACAAACACACUUACAUAAAUACACUUACAUAAUUGGUUGCAUUGGGAGGUGAUCGUUAAGCGGGGGUCCACUGUAUUGUGCAAUGGCCAUAUCCCAUCAAGGUAGUAUGAUCAAAAUAAAACACAAUGACCAUCUUUCACUCAACAGCUGUCUUGCUAGAAAAGUGUGGACAGCUGUUGAGUGAAAGACGGUCAUUGUGUUUUAUUUUGAUCAUAGCAAAUCAAAUGACUGUCUGAACUGCAAAUCCCCAUCCAACAAGACCUUGACUAAAUAAUUAUACGAUAUUUAUGGCAUACCUGUAAACUAAGACUAUUAUUUAUCAGUGAUAUACAGUGGACCCCCGCAUAACGAUCACCUCCGAAUGUGACCAAUUAUGUAAGUGUAUUUAUGUAAGUGCGUUUGUACAUGUAUGUUUGGGGGUCUGAAAUGGACUAAUCUACUUCACAAUAUUUCUUAUGGGAACAAAUUCGGUCAGUACUGGCACCUGAACAUACUUCUGGAGAGAAAAAAUAUCGUUAACCAGGGGUCCACUGUAUUCCACAAUGGCUGUGUCUGAAUUUACAUGUAGGGUAGACUGAAGAAUGAUAGGGCUAAUCAAAUAUCAUACAUAUUUAUUAAUUCAAUCAACAUAUUUCUUUACAUACUAUGUAUAUAUAUAUAUUUUUUUUUUUUUCAUAUAUCUGUGAUAAACUUUUUGUGGCAGCUUAGCACCAAUAGAUUUAUAGAUAUACUGUAUAAAAAAUGUAACCAAUAUGUCAAAAUAAAUAUUUUGAUUUUA